AGAGCAGUUGUAGUUUGGGAAAAGGUGAAGUCGGUUGGUUGGAAAAUUACACCGUUUUUAACGGAAUCAGACUGUAAACUAUAAACGGCUUACGGAAGUGUUUUGACCAGUGAAAAGGUGCAAGAGCAGAUAAGACAUGGCAGCCAAUAAGAACAAGGGUCAGAGCUCUCUGGUUCUGCACAAGGUCAUCAUGGUGGGAAGUGGAGGAGUGGGCAAGUCAGCCCUCACGCUGCAGUUCAUGUAUGACGAGUUUGUAGAGGACUAUGAGCCUACUAAAGCCGACAGCUACAGAAAGAAGGUGGUGCUCGAUGGAGAGGAGGUUCAGAUCGACAUUCUGGACACAGCAGGACAGGAGGACUAUGCUGCUAUCAGGGAUAAUUACUUCCGCAGUGGAGAAGGGUUCCUGCUGGUUUUCUCCAUCACUGAGCAGGAGUCCUUCAGUGCCACCUCAGACUUCAGAGAGCAGAUACUCCGUGUGAAGUCAGAGGAGGAUAAGAUUCCUUUGCUCGUGGUUGGGAAUAAGUCGGAUUUGGAGGACAGGAGACAGGUGUCUGUGACGAGUGCUCGGGAAAAAGCAGAAGAAUGGGGAGUGCAGUAUGUGGAAACAUCAGCCAAAACCCGAGCCAACGUUGAUAAGGUGUUCUUUGACCUGAUGAGGGAGGUACGGGCAAAAAAGAUGGCAGAGAACAAGGACAAAAAUGGAAAGAAAGGUGGCAAGAAGAAGAAGAGCCUGAAGGAACGUUGUACACUGCUUUAGUGUGAGCUUCAAGCAGCACAAGUCCUUUCUGAUGGACUUGCAAAACCAUUGUUGUGCCAAUACAGUCUGAUCAAGGAACUGGGAAUGGAUACCACUGUUCUUCCCUGCUCUAUUCAGGGUGGUCUAUGCAACUGACAUUGCUUAGGAUUUUCUAAAGUGCUUUUGAUACUUUAUUCACAUAACAAUGCCAUCGAACUGGAGUCACAGGAUACAGUGUGGCUGGGCGACCGUGGUCAGACUUCAGCACAUAUAUUUUGUGGAACUGUGUAUUAUGAAUUGCACACUAGAACCCAGUCACUGGGUUUGUCACAGAUUACUAGCAUGUGAAUCACUUAUAUGAUUGUACUCUAUUUUGUAUUUUAUUAGUAAAUCAUUAAAGAAAUACUCCAGAUUUUAAUCAAAUCUCUUCUUCACAGCUGUAGAGUAUUUAAUUACCAGAGAUGAGAAUUGUAACAGUGUCAAGUAAUAAAAAAAGAAUGCAAAACAUACUUAUGAUGGGAAUUUUAGGGUUAUUGCUGAAUUUCUUUUAUAUAUACUUUUAAACUGAUUACUGUAUGAGAAGUUCUGAUAUGUUCUCACCUCCCAGUACAGGAAAUUAUCUUGUGUAUGUUACUGAUCAAGGAAACAGCACAUCUUAUUUAAAUAAUUUAAAACACAUUUAUGUUAUGCUAAGCUCUGUACUCUAAAACGUUUCACCUGAUAGCCUGGGUUUUACCAGCAUAAUUGAAGUGGUAAGAUUUUUUUAGAUUGAAAGCUUUCAUUUGAGUGCUCACUGCAUACCAUAGUGCUUUAUAUAAAAUUUGCAAAUGUUUGGACACCCCCGCUGAGAUAUCAUGGUUUAUCCUGGUAAGUAAAAGUAUUUCAACAUCUUCUACAGGUCCUAAAUAUGGUAUUUUACAGCAAGUCGUUUUUUUAAAUAACUAAAAAUGUCAUAUUCUUUACUUCCAAUAUGUUAAUAUUUGGGGACAAUGAAGUGUAAUUGUGUAUUAAAAUGUGCUAAAGAUUA